GACCUUGAUGUUGCUCACUCACGAGACUGAACAUUGUUUGUUGUAAUCUAGCGCCAUCUCUGUACCCAAUCGCAAUUAGAGAAGGUAGAUUGCGAUGGCCGAGUUAGCGUCCCGUUUCUAUGGCUGUGUCUUAUCAAUUCUCCUGUUUUUGUGUUAUGUCAUCGGAAAUGAGUGGCACUACCCCUCGUGUAUAGUGGUAGAUCCCGACAGCUAUGAAUGUCUCAACAGUUUCUUCAAUUAUUAUGGAGGGUACAACUCAGCGAUAGGGGGAGGAGAAAAUGUGGAGCACACAUGGGUCCGAUAUAUGGACUACAUCUAUGACUACAAUGAUGCCAGCUCAACUUCAUGUCACAUUAGAAGGCAGUCUGCAUCGACAGAAUCCUUUACCAACGUUUCUUGGACACGCGACGGCUUCUCCACUUGCACCAUAGAGGAAGUGUCCACCUUUAAUACGUGGUGGGGUAGCAUAUGUGAACAGAUCUGCGUCGAGGACAACAACUGUAGGAGGUAUGCCACCUAUCUGGGAUAUCACCUCUGGAACAACUGCAGCUGGGAUGCAGAGACCGAGAGGCCGAACUAUGACCUGACGGUUCCUUGAGAGGCUGCUGUUCCCAUGACUGUUAUCUUGCAAGGAUAGCUUCUCACAGGAUAGGUUUUUUUCCCAAAAUUAAUUGUAUUCUCUCGUACAGUUUAACUGACUAAGUUUGGAUAAGAGUUUAGGUCACACCAUGCAAGGUAGUCCUGAAAAAGACUGAUAAGUAAUCUUUCUGAUAAUAGUUCAUAAAAGAACUGUUUAUCUCAAUGUUACAAGCAUAUAAACUCUGAUCUUCAUCAGCAGAUCCAGGACUAACGUGCAUGGUGUAACCAAAAACCUUAUUUCUUCUCACCACCAUGCAAACCUUCAGAGCUCAUUAGACCGAAGCUUAUUGCAUGUAGAAUACAAGUUCGAGUUUGUUUAAAUAAUGUUGGUAUUUUCAAAACAAUUACAAUUCAUAUAGUUAAAGUAAAAACUGUUCAUAAAGACCACCUAAGGACACAAGAGAAGCAGUCUAUAUAAACAGGUGGUCGUUAUAGAUAGGUCGUUCGUUGCUGAAGCAGGUUUACAUGUAGUAUUAUAUAGUUUAAUUGUCAUCAUAUUAAAGGAACAUCGUAUUUAUAUCAGCACAUUUCAAACAGUAAUGAGCAAAGCUUACUUCACAAAAUGUAAGAUUGCUACAAUUGUCAUUUCUUCCCCCAUCUCAUUCAUGAUUAUUAUUAGUCAUUUUUUAUCAUACAUGUAGAUUAAAGAAAGUGUAUCCUUAUGACAAUAUAUCUAUGUCCCAUCAAGUUCAAAAGAACACUUGGAAAAAAAACCUUUCCCUUGCAUAAGAAAAAUUGUGAUAAUUGUACUUAGUAAACAAAAGCAAUACAGUGUAGUAAAGAACAGCUGGAUUAAAUGUUCUCCGCACUCGUACACACUGACACAAACAAGAAGGCUGAUAUCCCAGUCUGGCAAAAACAUAAAGGUCAUAAACUAUGUGUACUACAGUCAAAUCUGCUUCAGCACCCAUCUGUAUAGAUGGACCACCUGUUCAUAAAGACCACAAUUUUCGUUUCUCUUAAAGGAGAAUGAAACUCUUGGAGCAAGUUAGCUUUUGUGAAAGCAGAAAAUCAAAGAAUAAGAUCAACAAAAGUUUGAGUAAAAUAGGACUAGCAAUAAAAGAGUUAUGAGCAUUUGAAUGUCGAGAUCACUAAUGCUAUGGAGAUCCUCCCAUUGGCAAUGCGACCAAGAUCUAUGAUGUCACAGAUGAACAACUCUCCCCUUUUGGACACUGAAAAUAUACCCCAAAACAUCUCUUUUUGCUCAUUCUAAUCAUAUGACAAACGAUUCAUUAAUGAUAUAAUGUUGUGAAACCUCUGUACUUGUCCUCUCAUAAAGAGAACACCUCACCUUGUGAUAGACUCUAUAAAAGUGAGAAUAUAAGUGAAAUAAGUACUAAAGUAAUGAGGGAGUUGUACGUGUGUGACAUCACAGAUCUUGGUCGCAUUGCCAAUGGGAGGAUCUACAUGGCAUUAGUGAUCUCAAUAUUCAAAUGCUCAUAACUUUCUUAUUAUUCAUUCAAUCUUCCUCAAACUUUCAACAAUAUGUUUCUUUGAUUUUUCUCUUUGAUAUGGAUUCAGCUGGUUUCAAGGGUUUCAUUCUCCUUUAAUCAGGGAUCCAUCCAAAAAAAUUAAAGGCAACCUCAAAAACACCAUUAACUUGUUUACCUCAGAGAUAUAGUCUAGGCCGGUACUUUUGAGUACCUUCUCCCAUAGACUGCCAGAAUUUGGACAAGGUGUCAACUACAUCUCUGCUUACAUGUAGGUGGUGUUUAUAAACAGGUUUCAUUGGAAUAUAUCUACAUGUUCAUGAAUGCUUGAAAUAUAUUACCUGAUGAAUAAUGUUCUUAAUCAGUGUGACAUUCAACUCGUCUAUUGUUACCACGCAUAAUUUACUAUUAGAAUGAUAGACAAAUUUCCUAUCUUUUUCAGAGUUUGGAUUUCACAUUCUUAGAAUUAUUGUUUUUCAUCAUUAAGUCAUUCUAUUCCAAUACUCUGUAAUGCCUUUGUACUUUCGUCAAAGCAAUAAUACUGUACAGUAUAUAAAAUACUUUUGAGACCUCAAAACAGAAAAUACAAAUUUUCACACACCUUAUGUUCAAAAGCAAUAACAGUAUAUUUAAACUCAAAUAUUUAUGAAUAGUACAGAAAACAGUAGAAUUUGCUGUUGUGUAAAUCAAGGGGCAAGUGAAACUAGUAUUCACGGUAUAGAAUCUGGAUACCACCUGAUUUUAAUAGAAAAAAAAAAAAAAGUUCAAGAACCAAAAAAGAACACUAUACACAGAUGGGUAAACUUGUCUAUAACUCAGUAGUUUUUUCUUAAAAAAAUCCUAACAAGGUCAACUUAAAUAGAAGAUACAUACAUCCAAGUAAAAAGUCUGAUAAAUAUUCCUGAUGUACAUCUAAAGUACAGUGUUCUCUACAUAAAUGUAUAAUUUGAAUUGUACGUACCGAAAUCUUCGUAUUGAGUAAACGUAAAAAAAGUUGUUUCUUUCAUGUACUGAUAAUUACCUUGUUAUAUCGAGCAUAUGAAACGUGAUCAAUCACAAACAUAGCAAUGUGCAAUCAAGAUGAUGGUUGCAUGCACAUUUGGUUCAUAAUACUGACAAGUGACAAGUCAGAAUGGUUGUUUUAAAGCUGAAUUUUAUCACAUAACUACAGUAAUGUCAUCCCAUUCAGUACCUUUCAUGAAUAAGUUUAAAUGCUGUGGGCAUUCAGGGUAACAUUUCUCUCAUCGUUGUCAUGCUUUGUAAGAGUCUGACUUGAUAAGUACAGUAAAGCUUUGGUGAGGCUGACGGGUAUUUUGUUCUUGUUGUUUGGUUUUAAAAAUAUAAUAUCUGGAGGAUUGGAUUAAACUAAAACAGAUGUGAAGAUAACAUUUUAUUUUUAGAAGACGGGUCAAUGGUUGUAUGUAUUUCUUACAUAUUGUACACUUUAAAAGGAUUAUAUACAGCAAUACACCUUUCCAUUUUUUACAGCAAAGCAGGAAGAAAACACAUCAUCUAUUUUCCUUGGCUUUUUAGUUUCAGAUCUGUAAAUAGAGACAAACUAUACUUUUUAUAAAAUCAGUUUAUUAUGUUUGUAUUGAUCAGAAAUUAUAUUGGUAUUUAUUAUAUUCAUUGACAAAUCUUUUUAAAGCAUAUCAGGGAGAAAAACACAAGAUCUACUUUUCCUGUUUUUAGUUUAGUUUCAGUAUCUGUAAAUAAAGACAAACUAUACUUUUUUAUAUAGUCUUUGUAUUAUGGUUGUAUAAAUUGUGAGAUUAAUUGGAAAUUAUAUUGAUUUAUAUCACAUGACAAAUCAUAAUAAAUUAUUCUUUUUCAUAUAAAAAUUAUGAGAGUUUGCUAACUCUGUGGCUGGUAUACUGGUAUUCAUUAUAAUGUAAGCAUAUAUUGGGUUAUUUUGCAUUUCCUGAAAACAUAAUUCACUGGAUUGGGCAAAUUAUAGACAUUUCAGCUUCAAUGUCUCAAAAGUUUGUCUACUUAUAAAUUACUAAUGUUAUGGCCAAUAUCAACAACAUCAACAAAAACAAAUUAUUGAAAAUAGUGUCAACCAAUGGGUUGCCCA